ACAAUCGCUCCCACAAUCUGCGAGUAUCUUGUCUGUUUCGCUGUCAUUUGGGGUCCAUUCUUGCAAGCCUUCGGAGUACCGGUGGCCGAUUUUGCGAGAUGUGGCCCAGUAAUCAUCUCACAGUAUCCCGUUGCUGAAGCUUUUCUUGUAAUUUUCAUGUUCAAGAACUAUCGUCGUCGUUUCCUUCGUUCUUUGGCCUGUAUUCGAUAUGUGCCAGAUAUGCCGCCUCUCAAUGGAAUG